AGCGCCAAGUUUCCCUCCGACUGACUGACAAUCUGUAAUCGUACACACAGCCUUGUCGUUUCCUGUCGUGUAUUUACGUGACGUGGGUAUUACUGAUUGACUUGCUUUGCCGGUUCUGUCUACAUCGAAUCAAAGUAGAACAAUAUUUUCACCGAUCCUUAUAAAAAUUAACUUUUUUUAUUGAUAUAAUAUUAUCGCCAUGAUGUUGCAAUCAGUGUUUGAAGAUCUACGUCGGAUGAAUAAACGACAGUUCCUGUAUCAAGUGCUGAGCUUUGGUAUGAUCGUGUCAUCGGCUUUAAUGAUAUGGAAAGGUUUAAUGGUUGUAACGGGUAGCGAAAGUCCCAUUGUUGUUGUUUUAAGUGGUAGUAUGGAACCAGCAUUCCAUAGAGGUGAUCUAUUAUUUUUAACAAAUCAUCAGAAUGAACCUAUGAGAGUAGGAGAAAUUGUUGUUUUCAAAGUCGUUGGAAGAGAGAUACCGAUAGUGCAUAGGGUUCUGAAACUCCACGAAAAAGGAGAUCAGAACAAUACUGUUAAAUUUUUAACAAAAGGUGAUAAUAAUUCUAUCGAUGACAGAGGUUUAUAUGCGCAAGGACAAUUAUGGUUAACACAUAAAGACGUUGUUGGUAGAGCAAGAGGAUUUUUACCUUAUGUGGGUAUGGUUACUAUUUACAUGAAUGAAUAUCCUAAAUUUAAAUAUGCCGUUCUAGGUUGUUUGGGUUUAUACGUUUUAAUUAACAGAGAAUAAGAAUACCUUUUUAUAGAAAAUUAAUAUAAUAGACUGUCAUAUUUGUCGUUUAAUCGAAAUAUGUAAUAAGAUUAGAUGACAAUGAAUUGAUUGAAACAUUUGUACAGGGGUUGUUGUUCGCAUAAAUUUCAUACCCUUUCAAUUGUAUGCUGUUCACAUAUACUUGUUUUCUGUAAAAAAAAUGUAUCAUCACCUUGUUAGAAAACCAAUGAUCGCUUGUGACAGUGGUAAAUAAUUGAAAGAGUACAAAAUACAGACUCCAGUACUUUUAUAUUGUGCCACAAAAUGAACAAUUUCUCAGCUAUUAGUGAAAUUAUAUACAAAAUAAAAUUUGUAUGUGCAUACACGAUCUUGUGCUUAUCAUUAAAAACAAAACAAAACAAAACAAAAACAAAAAACUAA